AGGAAUUCAACGAAUCAGUGGUGAGGUGCGGCCGCCAUGCUUACUACGGGCGGAAAUUUGAGAGGAAGCUUUGCACCGGUAGGAAAACCGACGAGCAACCGAGCACGAUUGGAAAGGUUUACGAUAGUGGUUCAGUGGCUCGGCCUUGCCCUCAGUUAAAAUGGCAAUUUUAGUUGCUUCACUGAUACGGAAUCGGCGAGGCGCCAAGGAGGCUUCCUGCGUGGUGCCGCAGAGCGAGUCGGGAAACGAUUUUAAACUGAAGAGGCGGCGGAGGGCCGAAUUACCUUUUCUCAACGGCUUGAUUUCGGAGCUGGGCUGGUCUCUGACAGGCUCAGCUGGAGAGGGACGGGUUGGGACGCACUGUCCUUUUGCCCUUUCCCCUCCGCGAGCAGAAGCUGACUCCGCUGGAGCGAGGGUCGCGGAGCUGGGCGAGCGGAAAUGUCCCACCCAGAGUGAAGUCGCAGGGCCCGCACCGCGUCUGAGGGAGCGGACGUCUUCCUGGGGGAUUUCAGUCUCCACAUAGUUUUGGAGCCGGACUUUUGAAGAAUGAUUCAUGAAUCCGGAAUGGGUGACAGCGUCAUCACGGCGUUUUAUUGACAGACCAUGGAUUCUUACGACGCACCAGAAUCAACUCCUAGUGCAUCCUCAAGACCUGAAGAUUACUUUAUAGGUGCCACUCCUCUGCAGAAACGAUUAGAAUCAGUCAGGAAGCAGAGUUCAUUUAUCCCGACUCCACCUCGAAGGAAAAUUCCCCAGUGUUCGCAGUUGCAGGAAGAUGUUGACCCUCAAAAGGUUGCAUUCCUUCUGCAUAAACAGUGGACUUUAUAUAGUUUAACUCCCUUAUAUAAAUUCUCCUAUAGUAAUCUCAAAGAGUAUUCUAGACUUCUCAAUGCUUUUAUUGUUGCUGAAAAGCAAAAAGGACUUGCUGUGGAAGUGGGAGAAGACUUCAACAUCAAAGUGAUUUUUUCUACUCUGCUAGGAAUGAAAGGAACACAAAGGGACCCGGAAGCAUUUCUUGUCCAGGAUCUGAUUUUGUCACCCAGGCUGGAGUGCACUGGCACGAUCUUGGUUGACUGCAACCUCUGCCUCCUGGGCUCAAGUGAUCCUUCUACCUUAGCCUUCCAAGUAGCUGGGACUACAGGUGCAUGCCACCACACUUGGAUUCUGUCAAAAUCUCAAUUGCCAUCUGAGAAUAGAGAAGGUAAAGUGUUGUGGACUGGCUGGUUCUGCUGUAUAUUUGGAGACAGUCUUCUGGAGACUGUUUCAGAAGAUUUCACCUGUCUGCCCUUAUUCCUUGCAAAUGGAGCAGAGUCUAACACAGCAAUAAUUGGAACUUGGUUUCAGAAAACCUUUGACUGUUAUUUCAGUCCUUUAGCAAUCAAUGCAUUUAAUCUUUCCUGGAUGGCUGCCAUGUGGACUGCAUGCAAAAUGGACCAUUAUGUGGCUACUACUGAAUUUCUUUGGUCUGUACCCUGUAGCCCUCAAAGUCUGGACAUUUCUUUUGCAAUACAUCCAGAGGAUGCAAAAGCUCUAUGGGACAGUGUCCACAAAACACCUGGGGAGGUUACCCAGGAAGAAGUUGACCUAUUCAUGGACUGCCUUUAUUCACAUUUCCAUAGACAUUUCAAAAUUCAUUUAUCAGCCACAAGAUUAGUUCGUGUUUCAACAUCUGUAGCUUCAGCACAUACUGAUGGAAAAAUAAAGAUUCUGUGUCAUAAAUACCUUAUUGGAGUGUUAGCAUAUUUGACAGAACUGGCAAUUUUUCAAAUUGAGUGAAGCCUUAUGUGGACUAUAAGUUAUAGAUUAUAUACUCUUAUUGAUUACUUGCCUAAUUGCUAUGCUGAAAGAGACUGCAGGAGAAAUGGGCAUCUGUCUCUGCAUCUGUUUUCCCCACCAUGCCUUUGGAGUUGCCAAGAUGGAAGCUAAGAAGGAUCUAGAAGAACAAAGAAUAUGGUAGUAGAUGAGCCACAGCCAGGUGCCCAUGUACUAAUCAUGAUAACCUGGCAUGCCAGUCUCAAAAUGCUGAGUUGUUAAUUUCUUGUCAUCUUUAAAUAUAUAUAUAUAUAUAGGCUGGGCUUGGUGGCUCACACCUGUAAUUCCAGCGCUUUGGGAGGCUGAGGUGGGUGGAUCAUUUGAGGCCAGGAAUUCAAGACCAGCCUGGCCAACAUGGUGAAACCCCUUCUCUACUGAAAAUACAAGAAUUAGCUGGGCGUGGUGGCACAUGCCUAUAAUCCCAGCUGCUGGGGAGGCUGAAGCAGGAGAAUCGUUUGAACCCGGAAGACAGUCUGCAGUGAGCCAAGAUUGCACCACUGCACUCCAGCCUGGGAAACAAAGUGAAACUCUGCCUCAAAAAAUAAAAAAUAAAUAAAUAUAAUGUUUAUUAUGUUUAAACUCUUAGGAUUCAAAUGAGAUGUAUCUAAUGGAUAUUUCUGAUUUGGGUCUUUAAAACCUUUAAUCUCUUUUAAGCAUUUUAGACUUGCCUUCAGAAAGAAUUCUGUCUUCUAAAGACAUUUUCCUAGCAUUUCACUGCAGAGAACUGGCAAUCAAAAUCCCCUCAAAAGGGAACUAAAGAUUAAUAUACACAUUUUUUUAGUCACUAAUAUGCUUCUGUUUUAAAUACAGUUCAACUCCUGUUGCAAUGUUGAAUUAAAUGUUUAUUUUAAAAUGAA